CUAGCAGUAAGAUUUAUUUAUGUUAUUUGAAAGAUAUUAGAGUAAUCAAUUGCAAAAUUAUAAUAAAUCGUUCUGCUUUGUCAGCUUACUACAACUUUGCCUUAAAUGUGUUAUAUAAAGAAGUUGUUGAGGACCACAUGUUAUUAAACUUUAUAAAAGAUGAGUCUGGAAUCUAUUAAGUACAAGAGAGGCAACUUGGAGAUUCUUGACCAACUGUUGUUGCCUUUACAAACUCGAUAUGUCAAGGUACAAGGAGUGGAAGAUGGUUGGAAAGCAAUUAAUAAAAUGCAGGUGCGAGGAGCCCCAGCAAUAGCAAUAGUUGGCUGUUUAUCACUUGCCAUUGAGUUGGAAAAAGAUAGCUGUAGUGAUAAAAAGGUCAUGAGACAAGAGAUUGAAGGUAAGCUCAAUUACCUGGUGUCGGCGCGGCCAACUGCUGUGAACAUAAAAUUGGCAGCGGAUGAAUUGAUAAAUUUAGCGAAUACUCUAUGCGCCGACGAGAAUGUCGCGCCGGCCGAUUUCAAAGAGAGAUUCAUCAGCAGCAUAGAGAGCAUGCUUGCCAAAGACAUAAAUGACAACAAAGCUAUAGGAAGGUUUGGUCGGGAAGCGAUCUUGAGGAACCUGGAUGGUGAUGGUCAAGUGCGGCUCCUGACACAUUGCAACACAGGUUCCCUGGCUACUGCAGGAUAUGGUACAGCUCUUGGUGUAAUAAGGUCAUUACAUGAAUCAAAACGAUUAGAACAUGUUUACUGCACAGAGACGAGGCCGUACAACCAAGGUGCUCGUUUGACGGCGUAUGAACUCGUCCACGAGAAGAUUCCUUCUACCCUCAUCGUAGAUAGCAUGGUAUCUGCCCUAAUGCAUCUCAGGAAGAUCAGCGCUGUGGUCGUAGGCGCUGAUAGAGUAGCCGGCAAUGGCGACACAGCAAAUAAAAUAGGCACGUAUCAAAUAGCGAUAGUGGCGAAGCACCACGGCGUUCCGUUCUACGUGGCCGCACCACUCACCUCCGUAGACUUCGCGUUGACGUCCGGAGACAAAAUCAAGAUUGAAGAGAGGCCGGACAGGGAAAUGACGCAUAUUGGUGAACAUAGGAUUGCUGCACCCGGUAUAAAUUGUUGGAAUCCCGCGUUUGACGUCACGCCCGCUUGCCUCAUUACUGGAAUCAUAACAGAAAAAGGAGUGUUCGCGCCGGAUAAGUUAAAGGAAUCUAUUUUAAUAUGAAUAAUACUUUUAUUGUUAUAAUUAUAACAGGAAACUAAAAUAAAUAUUUCGAAUACAGACGAAGACUUCGCGUCAUGUGAUUUGUAUGUAAGUGAGUGGUAUGUCCGCCCGCGUAAAAUAAAAAUAAAAACUGGUCAUUUGCUCCUCACGGGAAUUCCGGCAGAAAUCUUCCCUGCACUCAUCAAAUUUCAUAUCAUUAGACUCAGAAGUCUGGGUUGUGCGUUGUCUUUCUGUCAGUCACUCUUUAACGGAAGAGUUAUAAAAUACAAAGAUAGAUGAGGAAAACGAAUUUUAAUAUUGUUUUUACUAAAUUAAGUAAGUAUUUUACUCACUCGUAUACAAAACAGAUGGCGUCAUGUUAUUGCGUAUUAACAAUUUAAUAUUAAGGCCUCAGUUUUAUAUCAACUGUUGAAAUUAUUGCAUUAUUAUUCAAUUGUCGUGACCUCACGUGCCUGUACUAUUUAAUAUAACUGUUGUGCCUUUAUCUUAAAACUAGUCAAAUAUUAGAUUCUGUAACAGAAUAAUAUUCUUUAGCUUCAACAAAAUUAACUCUGUGUGUAUUGUAAUAAAGAUUUGUUUAUGUUAUCUUUGACUGUACCUGCUCACUUAAUUCUGGCUCAAUUUUAUCUUAGACUUGCUAUUCACAUGUUCGUUCAGCCGUAUUUAUGAGUGGUUACGAAAAGAAAGAAAGGAGUUAUAAAUCGACUUUUUUAAUGUUUUACUAUUCGAUUUAUUAAUGUUUUGCGUAAUCACUUGGUUAUUAGAUAACCACCUUGCUAUAAGGACCUAAAAGGCCUGUGCUAUUUGGUUGUCCAUCCGCAUACACAUCAUUUGAUUUGGCUGUGAAGUGCGGGAUUUUAUGAAAAGUCACCUCCAAAAACGUUGUUUUAUAUCCAUCUUUUUCAAAUUAGGCAAAAUAAUAAAAGAAAGUUUUCCCACUAAUUAGAAAGAGAUGGCGAGGUACCAUUUAAAGGUAUUUUUUCCUGUAUGAAAUUUGCUUACAUGUGUGUGCCGAGGCUUUCUAUCUGCAAAUACUUUUAUUUUUAAAUGUCACCCUGAACGUGUGUACGCGUUUUGUUUAAUUACUGUAAGUAUGUCAUAUGUAUAUUUGUAUGUUUGAAGAGGCUUCCAUAAUGAUAAUUCGUAAAUGACUUAUCGCCAAAAAAUUAGUUAUUAAGGAUGUUUGAUAUUUUAUUGUAUUUUGGUGCUAAUAGGUUUUGUACGAAACCAAUACGACAAUCCAUUUCUUUUGAUAAUGUAACUUACGUCACAUAAUUUCUUAAAUAGUUUCAAAUAAGUAUAACUAUUCUCCGACGGUCGUUUGGUCUGCGAACUAUUUUUUAUCGUGUCAACACUCCGAUGUCGUUGAACUAAUAGUCUUGUUUAUACAUUGUGUCGAAGUAAAUGAGUUAAUGUUAUCUCAUCGUAAUAAGUCCUCCAUCGUUUACACGUGCUAGUGAUUAAGUGGUAUUUAAGUAUAAAGUGUAAAAGCAUUUUUUCUAUGUAGGUACUUCACUAAAUGCCAAUGUAGUUAAGGCCACACCCAUCAGGGUAAAGCAAGCGGUGCGAGAAGGCUGAUUACUUCAUCGAAAAUUUUCUACUUAUCCACUGCACUCGGCUCGCUCGCUCGUUUGCCAGUUUGUCUUGUCAUUUAAAUUUUAAAGAGUUUUUCGUGACUGUUUAUGUGGGUUCUUCUCAUGGGAUAACGAAGUGAUAAAAAGAUGUAGCAAAUAAGAUAUUUGUCUUGUCAACAUUCGUAAAUGAGGGAGCAGAUUCGGACAUCACUCGUAAAGGCGCAGUUACGUGUCUUAUUGGUAAAUAUAUAAAAUAUCUUGCCCAAACUGAUGACAUAACCCAUUUUUAUUAAUAAAAUACGGUAAACGAAGCGUUUACUGUAAACACACUGAAACUUACACAAUUUUAUACUAUCUGUUAAUUUUUAAUAUUGAUGUGUAGCAUCAUUUGUAAACACUGCUGUCGGUACAAAUAAAACAAACUAAAUUGUU